CCAAUCGCACGGCGCCCACGCGCGUGCUCGCUAGGACGCGGAACCUCCGCCUAAGCCGCCGCGGCCUUCCGCGAGGGCUCCCGAACUAGACUUCUGUUUUCCUGCUGCCUCAUCCCUGCCUCACCCAGCCGCAGCCCCGGCGUCUGCGCCGCGGCGGCCCGCGCUGCUUGGGCCGCGGACGCUCCGGCGCGAUGCUGCGCUGGCUGAUCGGUGGAGGCCGCGAGCCGCAGGGCCUGGCCGAGAAAGCUGCUUUGCAGACAAUAGGAGAGGACCAGAGUCAGAACCCCUACACUGAGCUGCUGGUACUGAGAGCCCAUGAUGAUAUUGUCCGGUUUCUGGUGCAGCUGGAUGACUACAGAUUUGCAUCUGCUGGCGAUGAUGGACUUAUAGUUGUGUGGAAUGCCCAGACAGGAGAAAAACUUCUGGAACUCAGAGGACACACGCAGAAGAUAACGGCUGUCAUUGCAUUUCCUUCCCUAGACUCUUGUGAGGGGAGUAGUCAGCUUAUCUUGACAGCCUCUGCCGACCGGACUGUUCGCGUCUGGGACUGUGACACCGGCAGACAGAUCCAGAGAGUCCCCUGCCUUCAGUCUACCGUGAAGUGCUUUACUGUUCUUCAGAAACUAGACGUCUGGCUGUCCGGUGGCAAUGACUUAGGUGUGUGGAACCGAAAAUUAGAUCUGCUGUGUAAGAGCAACUACCUUUCUGACACAGGGAUCAGUGCUUUGGUUGAAAUCCCUGGGGACUGUGUCGUAGCAGCAGUCGGCAAAGAACUGAUAAUUUUCAGGCUACAAGCACCCACAGAAGGAUUGCUGGAAUGGGAUAUUACUGAAGUCAAACGCCUUCUUGAUCACCAGGACAACAUUUUGUCAUUGCUUAACAUCAGCGAUAAAAGUUUCGUCACUGGCUCCCAUGUUGGAGAACUCAUCAUCUGGGAUGCCCUGGACUGGACUGUGCAGGCCUGUGAGUGCAGCUUCUGGAGCCCGUCUUCACAGCUGGAUGCCCAGCAGGAAAUAAAGCUCUUCCAGAAACAAAAUGACAUUUCUAUUAAUCAUUUCACAUGUGAUGAAGAGAACGUAUUUGCUGCAGUUGGAAGGGGGUUAUAUGUGUAUAACCUACAACUGAAGCGUGUGAUUGCCUGCCAGAAAACUGCACAUGAUUCCAACGUCCUACACAUCGACAAACUUCCAAACAGGCAGUUAAUCUCGUGCUCAGAAGAUGGCAGCGUCCGCAUUUGGGAGGUCAGAGAAAAGCAGCAGCUGGCAGCAGAACCUGUCCCGACAGGAUUUUUUAAUAUGUGGGGAUUUGGAAGAGUGAACAAACAAGCCAGCCAGCCUGUUAAAAAGCAGCAAGAAAAUGGGACUACGUCUUCCCUGGAGCUCGUUGGAGAUUUGAUUGGACACUCAUCCUCCGUGGAGAUGUUUCUGUACUUUGAAGAUCAUGGACUAGUGACAUGCUCUGCAGAUCAUCUCAUCAUCUUGUGGAAAAACGGAGAGCGAGAAUCUGGAUUACGCAGUUUAAAGUUAUUUCAGAAGUUAGAAGAAAAUGGUGACUUAUAUUCUGCAUCUAGGUGAAGGGACUGGACAAGUGCAUGCUCGUGAACCUUGAAAAUCAAAUACUGAGCGUUUCUGUGAGAACCGUGAACACAACGAUCACCUGGAUUUGUCGUGUUCUCCUUGCCCAUGAAGUUCUGUUUGACUGUCAGCAAUGUGUGUCCACCCAAGAACAUAACACAGGUUCCCAUGGGCGCUGUGGGAAGUGGUGGGUGCUGUGUUGUCUCUUAAAGUGAUGGGAAAAAAAGAUAAAUAUAAAGUUGUCACAUUAUGUAAAUAGCUUAUUUUGGGCUCUCUUAGAGACUGCUUAAGAACUGUCAUAUAGAUAUAUCCUUUGGGCCACAGUUUCUCCUUCUGAGUAGCUACCACUGUUCAGUAGAACCAAACUUGAAUAUUAGCCAACAAAGAGUUAUAUUCUUUAAAUACAAUGAUUCUUUUUGGUAUCAACUAAUUUAAGUAAUUGAAAAAAUAUUUAAUUGAGACUAUUAAAGUGCUGUGUGCUCUGGCCCACCAGCACCAUGUAAGGGUGCUUUUCUCUCUCAGCAUGACUUGGCCCAAGCAGUGAUUGUCAGAGUGGUACUCAGGUGCUCCAAGGAUGAUCCUGGACUAGGAAGGACCACACAGCAAUUUUCAGGUCAGGAACUGAUGCUUAACUGCCCUGUCUGUCUGCUUUGGCUGCAAUGUGAGAUGGUUGAGAACAGAUUCGCUGUGUGGCUCCUUGAAUACCCACUAAGCCUGGCCACCUUCGUCCCUCUACCAGCCUUGUGACAAUAUUCUCACUUUGGCACUGAAACAUAAAGUGUAUUCUACACAGUAAGGAUGGGAGAUGGCUCUUAAACUGCUGACUAGGGAAUCUUAUUAGAGACAGGCAAGAUGAGUGACAUUAGACCUUCCAAGAGUACAUGCAUAUACAUACUCUACUCCCUUAGAUGGAUGCUGUAAAGUGUUGCUUUCACUAGUUCUAACUUUUACAGCUGUCUACAAAGAUCAGUAGUGUUAAGAUCAUAGGAAGACGAGUGGCAAAAUGUUAGAAAUGAGGAGACCAAGCAUUUGGUGGUGUGCUCACGCUUAGUGCCCAUCGUCAUUGAACAGCCUUAAAAACAGAAAAUGAAGGAGGAGAGCGAGGGCUGAUUGCAGUUUCUGAUGACCGUGGUACGAAACCAGAGUGUUCUCAGCCCUUGCUGCUGUUGUAGUUCACAAUGGAAAUAGUGUUAAGGAAAAGACAGGACUAAGACUUAAGCUACCUUAAUUAGGACAAUAGCAGGAUGUGAAUGAGGAAGUCGACAGUGUCUUUUAGCCAGCAGACUGCUGUUAUUUGAAGAGUCUGCACAUGAGGCAGAUUCCUUGUUCGUCCUGAAGGUGGAAUGUGGGUAGCGCCCGCCAGCCAGGCAGACUACAUCUGCCUGCUGAUCACUUUGGCUAAUUCAGUUUAGAUUCCGUUAAAGCUUUGAAAUGUGCGCCAUAGAUGACUUUCCCUUUUUACUAGCUGCUUCUUUGUAAAUUUCAUAUUAGGCCCUUAGUAAAGAUGUUUUCUUAAAGAAGACAAGGAAUUCAUAGGUUUUUGUCUUUUAACUGUUCCCUAACCUGUUUUGGGUUGCUGUUCUGUGGUAGUUAUCUAGUCAAAUGGAGCAGAAGCCAUGUUCGAGUUCUUUGAGGGGACAGGACCAGGGUCAAGGAUCGUGGAUGCUCCAUUCCGUUUCCCACGAUGAGAACAAGUGUGUUCAGAAGGUGGCCUCCAGCCCCGGGGGAGACCUGAGGUCGGGGACACAGCACAGUAGGUGUCUGUGGCAAGGACUGGACCUGUGCCCUUCAGCAGUUCCAUGUAGACUGUUCCUAAGACAUGGACUUGCAGUGUAGAGGAAGAAAAUUAGCGCUCAGGCCAGCAUACAUUUUGUGCAUUUUUCCUACUUCCCUUACUGAGCUGUUAGCACUAGACGCUGCAUCGUGUGCCUUGUUGCUCGCGCUUCAAGUGCUUUGAGCAGGGUCUCUGUGUGUUCGUGCAACAGCCUUCUGUGCUGCACGCAGGCUGAAUGGGUGACAGUUGCACUGAUGAGGCCUGUUCUUUGUUGCAGAGGCUGGCCCUGGCGGAGGAAGGCACAUUCUGCCUCACGUAAUGGUAUUUUACAACUAACUUCUCUCUUUGGGACAGUGCUUAAUAAUAGUAUUAACAGAACUUUUCUUGCCUUUACAUUUUCCUAAGCAUUAACUUAGGCCCUCUCAAGACAUGGUGUCAGAGUGAAGAGGAGAAAGAGGCAGUUACGGUAGUUGCUCUAUAUCACAUAGAAAUUAUCUGAGGUGCAGGAACACCACCUGAAAGUCCGUGAUUCUAAUAAAUUGAAAUAAUAUGCCACUUA